AUGAGCCUAGCACAUAAAAGACAUGGCCUCCAGGAGCCCAUAGACUGGGUGCAGAGGAGCAGUUUGAUCCCUCAGACACGGACAGGUACGACGCAGGAAGAUGACACGGUUCAAGGACGGUCAAAAUUGAUCAACUACCUAUCGCCGUCUUCCCCGUCCCGAACCCAAGAGAUUGGAGCAAUUGCGUUGUUGCCCUUUGAUAUCAGUUUUGAGGACAAGCAUCUCCUGCACACUUACGCCCUGGCAGUGUCGACAGCCGUCUAUGGAACCUCCCAGACGCCAUAUUUUAGCUCAAUCCGUGACCUUGUCUUCCCAACCUGUUACUUCGCCCCGCUCGUCCUCCAAUGGCCCCUGAUCGAAGCCGAAGCUCAUGUCCGUCGCCGCCGCCAUCAGACAACUACGACCACAACAAACACAUUCACGACACAGCGCGCAAUAGCCGCCUACCAAGCCAUGAACCGCUACAGAAAUACCUGUAAUGGCAACGUCACUGAUGAGCUUCUUAGUGGCAUCAUCAUGGCCAUCGUGGCGGAGUUCAGGCUAAAUGGGGCUGCGCUCGCACGUGUCCAUAUGCGAGGGUAUUAA